AUGACUGCUUAUAUUGAAACUUAUUAUUGUUCAAUAGCAAAUCUUGUACCAAGAGAAAUGUGUUUUGCUAUACCAUUUGAAGAAGUAAUAGGUGAGAAGAAAAAUACUACUGUAGCAACAUUAAAAAAUCCAAUUUCAACAUCAAAACAAUCAGAAAAUAAAAUGAUUACACAAACACCAUUACAAACAUCACCUAAUUUAACAUCAAUAAAACAUGAUGAACAAUAUUUGAAGUCAACUUUAAUGAAUAAACCAAAACAUUCAUCACAAGUUCAAUUAACCACCAACACUAUCACUAGUCAUCAUAAUACAUUCGAUAAAAGUAACGGUAAUCAAUAUAUCAAUAUUAAUACUAAUACUAAUACUAAUACUACUACUAAUAAUAAUAAUAAUGCUCAAAAAAUAAUGUAUAAACAUAAUAAAUCUUAUCCUCCAAUACGAAAAAUAUCAACUAGGAAUAAUAAGAAUUAUGUACUUAAUACUCAUAAUCACCAUUCAUUAAUACCUGUAUUUCAAGGGAAGUUGAUUAGUUCCACUGUUCCAAUGACAGUAAAUACUAUUACUACGACGACGACGUUGACGACUACGACUACAUCUACUAACACUAUCGUAUCUAGUUGUUUCAUGUCAAAUUUAGCAAUGAAAAAAAACUAUUUAGGUUAUGAUUUAGAUGAAUACAGGAUAAAAGAAAUUAAAAACUGUACAAGUUUCAAAGAAACUGAUCUAACUCGUAAAUAUUUAGACAAUAUUAAAAGUGCAUCUAUAUCAGAUUUAAGUCAUUCCAGUUUAAGAAUUAAUCAUACAAUUAUAGAUAAUCAUAAUAAAUCAAUAAUAAAAACAUCACCUUUAUUAAGUAAAUCUUCAUCUGGAUUAAUCAAUACAGAAUUGAAUUCAUUUAGUGAUACAUCUAUUACACCGGAUCCUAUAAAUCAUUAUCCAAAAAUAACAAUUAUUCGUGAAAAUAAUCAUCAUAAUUAUAAACAUAACAACAAUAUAAAAAUGAAUUCAUAUCCAAAAUUACCAAUUACAACUAGAUCAGCUUAUAGAAAAGAUAUUCAAUUACAUAAUAAUAAUACUAAUAAUACUAAUAAUAAUAAUAAUAUGCCAAGUUAUAAAUCAUCCAUUAGUCAAUCCCCAUUAUCAAAUCUAUCUUGUGAAAGUUUACCAAAUGUAAAUAAUUCUAAUAUAAAAAAAUUUAAUUCAUCAACAUUAUAUAUGAAUAAUAAUAAUAAUAAUAAUAAUAAUAAUACUGAUUAUGGAUUAUGUAAUAAUAAUAAUAGUAAUAAUAAUAAUAAUGGUAAUGAUAAUACUUAUAAAAUGAAUCAUAUUACAUGGAAAAUUCCUGAUAGAAUAGAACGAUAUAAUUCAAAUGAAGAGAUUGGGGUAGAUAUUUCAACUUCAGAAAAAAUUAUGCAAUAUACUACUACUACUACUAAUACUACUAAUACUACUAAUACUAUUCAUAAUACUACUAAUACUAUUAUUAAUAGUAAUAAUAAUAAUAAUAAUAAUAAUAAUCAAUUAAAUAUAAAUAAAAUUGGUUUAAUUAAACAAUAUGGUCAUUAUAAAUCAACACCAAAUAUCAAUACAACAAUAAAAAAAUCAAAAACACCAAUUAAAUUAACAAAAGUUAAAGAAGAAUAUAUUACACAUAUAGCUAGACCAUUAAAACCGGAAUUUUUAAAUAAUAAUAUAAAUUAUUAUAAUACAUUCAGUGAACAAGAUUUAACUAAAGAAAAAAUAAUCCAAUUAAAUAACCAUGAUCCUAAUCGAAGAUAUAGUGAAUUAGAUAAAUUAAAUCAAUUGAAUAAUGAAAAUUCAUUGAAUUCAUUACAUCAUUCCUAUGAUGAUUAUUCAUAUCAACAAAUAAAUACAAACAAAUUCAAUGAUAAUAUCAAUAAUAAAAUGGAUAAUAUUCAAUUCACAACAUAUCAACAUAAUAGUUAUGAACGAAAUUUAAAUAAGAAAUCAGAUGAAGAUCCUAUUCAACCAAUCAUUAUACAAAGACAUUAUGGUUCAAAUAAUUUUAUUUCACGUAAACCAUUGGAUAAAAGUAACUUAUUAUUUUCUGAAAACCAUAAUUAUCAAUCUAAUCAUUAUUAUACAAAAAAUUUACAUUCAGAAUCUUCAUCAGAACAUUUGAAUGGUCAAUUAAGCAAUCAUCCAUCUGAAGAAUCAUUAUUAAACGAUACAAAACCAUUGAAUGGAUUUAAUAAUAAUAAUAAUUCAAUAAAUGAUUAUUAUAAUUCUUCCCAAUCAUUACAUCAUAAUUACAUAUAUAAUGGGAAUAAUUCUAUGAAUGAUACAAAAUUAAGUGGAAUAUAUAAAAAAAUUAAUCAUAAACAACCUAAUCGUAUAUUACCUAGGAGACCACGUUCAUUAAUCCAAGAUCAUUAUAAUCAAUAUAAUCAAUAUAAUAAUACUAAUAAUAAUCGAUAUGAUAUAUCAAAUGAAUUACGUAAUAAUCAUGUUUAUAGUUAUAAUAAUAUUUAUGAUAGUUUAAAUAAUAAUAAUAAUAAUAAUAAUAAUCAUGAAUAUUAUAAUGAUAAAGAACCCAUUGAUGAUUUCCAUUCGAUUACACCAAAUCUAUUUCAAUCAUAUCAUAGUAAUGAUAAUAUUAGUAUUAUUACUAAUGAUUAUAAUACAUGUGAUUAUCAAUCUAAUAAUGAACUAUGUAAUAAAACACAAACAUGGACAAAAACAGAUCAUGAUAUUGACUUUCAUCCAGAUUCAUAUAUUGCUAAUAAACGAAAAUAUAAAUCUAAUUAUAAUGAAACAUAUCAUAGAUUAAAUGAUUUAAUAAAUUUACAACAUAGUUUUACAGAAUAUAAUUUAAAUGGAAUAAGUAAUACUAUCAAUACUACCACUACUACUACUAAUACUACUACUACUACUACUACUAUUAACAAUCAUAAUAUCAGUAGUUUAUCAUGUCCUAUAACUAUUAAUUCAAUCAAUCCUAUACGAUCCUUUACACCAAUUUCAAUUAAAAUUCAACAAAAUAAUAAACCAUUAAAUCAAUAUGAAUUAGAUCAUUCAAUAAGUGAUAUAUGUUCAACCAAUUCAUCAUUAUCAGAUCAUACUACUAAUGGUAUGAAUUAUUCAUAUCCAACUAAUUCAUUAUCAUUAUCAUUAAAUAGAGAUAAAAGAAAAGAUUAUACUAAUAAUACUAAUGAUAAUAAUAAUAAUAAUAUAUGCUAUAAACAUCGUACAUUACCAUUAUUACCUAAUUCCAAUGAAUAUCAACACCCCCAUCAACAUCAACUCCAAAAUUACCAGCACCACCACCAACAACACCCCUAUCAACAAUAUCCUUAUAUUCCAUUAACAUCAUCACAAUUGAAUACACCUAUGAUAACAUGGCGUAUUAAAAAUUCUAAAGAAAAUUAUUAUAAUAAAAAAUUAUUAAAAUUAAUUGAACAAUUACCAUAUAAUAAACAAAAUUCAAUUGGUUUAAUAUUAUUAACAAUGGAUGUGAAAUUAUGUCAUUCUAUUCAUAAUCAAUCCGAUAUUAAUAAUAAUAAUAAUAAUAAUAAUAAUAGUAAUAAUAAUAUUAGUAAUAGUAAUAAUAGUAAUGGUAAUAGUAAUAGUAAUGGUAAUUAUCCGGAUAUAUUCUCUGGUGGUUUAGAAUAUCGUCUACGUGAAGCAUUACAAUUGGUUGAACCAAACAAUAAACUAAUGAAUGAAUUCAAUGAUUGUCAUUAUACAACAAAUGAAUUAAAUAAAAUAUAUUUAAAUAAAAUUAUUGAUGUUCGAAGUAGAAAAAACGUCAAUGAAUCCAAAAAAUCAUCAACUAACUUUGCUAAAGAAUCACCUAAAGAAGAUGGUCGUGAAUCUGGAAUAGAUCCAGAUACAUUAGACGAAACAUCAACAUCAAUGAUUGGAAAUUCUUUAAGCUUAAAUGAUAUGAAAUAUACUACUAAUGAUCUUAAUCAUACUACUGAAGUAAACAAACCAAGUGUAAUUACAAUAUUAAGACGAUUAGCAAGAUAUUUAGCUUUACGGAUAGCAAAUAAACGUCAUAGUCUAGCUACUGCAAAUCAACAUGUUGCAAGAAAUGCUAUUGAAGAAAAACUUUUACGUUCUAGAUUAAAUGAAUUAAAUACUGAUUAUUAUCAUUAUCAUCAUCAUCAUCAUCAUCAUCAUGAUAAUAAUAAUAUAAUGAAUAGUUGGAAUUCAUUAAAUUCAAUUGAAAUCAAUCAUGGUACAAUUGUAAAUCGAUUUGAUCGAUUACAUAAUAAUACAAUUGCUGUUAUACAAUUAUUAUGUCAAUUAGCAAGACGUUUAGCUAUAUUAGAUGGACAAUUAUAUUAUUUAAAUAAAAAUAAAUAUCAUGAUCAUGUUGUAUUAUUAUGUAAUAAUAAUAAUAAUAAUAAUAAUAAUGAUAAUAGUAAUUCCUUAUUAUCCUAUCAUCAUAUAACAUCAUUAACAUCUGGUACAUCACCAAUUAUAUCAAAUCAAUUCAUGAAUGAUUUCAAUACUACUUCUACUACUACUACUACUACUAAUAAUAAUAAUAAUAAUAAUAAUAAUAAUAAUAAUAAUAGUAAUCGGAAUAGUAAUUGUGAAUUAUCACAAAUUAUUGAACAACAAAAACGUUUAAUGAUACAAAUUAAAGAAGCUCAAUUAUUACGAGCUGAAUUAGAAACAUGUCGUCAUCGUUUAUUAGAAAGUAUACCUGGACAUAUAAAAUGUGAUUUAACACAUAAUAUGAUUGAUAAAUUAGGAAGAGAUUUCAUUCAUGAUAAUAAUAAUAAUAAUAAUAAUCAUAAUAAUAAGUUUACAACAAAUACUACUAAUCAAAUUGUUAGUAAUCAUAAUACAACAGAAUGUAAAUUAACAUCAUAUACAAAUAGUGAAUUAAAUCAACAAAAUCAAACAAAUCAUAAUAAUAAUACUACUAAUACUAAUACUACUACUAAUAAUAAUAGUAGUAAUAAUAAUAAUAAUAAUGAAAAAUCAAUAUCCAAUAAAAUGAAUGAAAAAGAAGAUCAAUUAAAUUGUCAACAAUCAAUUAUGAAUACAACACAAUUACUUAGACAACGUGUUACUGAACAUUUAAUUGAAUUUUUAAAUUGGUUUGUAUUAUCACAAAUAUUUGAAACAGAAAUCAAAGUAGAUCAAGAUUUAUGGGAAAGUAUUCAAGAUGAAUUAAGAUUUGAAUUAUCUUAUUAA